AGUGCUAAAGGAGGUCGAGACGUAACUAUGAGACGCUGUGAAAGUUGUUGAAAGCACCCAAUGGCAGGAAUAUAUUUGUGCUGAAGUCAAUGUGAAGAAUCGUGUUCAAGUUGAAUGUCGGACAGUGAAGCAAGCUCGUACAUAAGCUUUGAGAAAGAUGGACCCAGUAAAUGCAAGGCCUUAGUCGCGAUGAUAUUGGUGGGAGCGGCGAAUGGCAUCGGCUGAAAAGUUUGGGUGAUGUUCCCGAUUGCUGCUCAAUAUUCAAAGACUUUCAUUCUGAUCAAAACCGCUAUUUAAAUGUAUGGAUCAAAUCGAAUAAAAAGGUUCAGCUGAACCAAAAAGCAAAACGAGCGCUCUCAAAACCGCUUUUUUCUUUAUCCAGAUUUGCUUUUUAGACGUGACUCCUGCGCUUGAAGCAGUGGUUAGUGAGACCAUAUUUCUCAUAAAGAUCAAUGCUGGAAAAGUACCAAAGAUAUCGUCUCACCAGUGUUACAGUUUGUGGGCCAACCUCGGCAAAGUAGACGUUCGCCAUAAUAUUUAAUUAGAUCCUUAGCUCGCUAGCCAUGUGUCACCUCUAAGUCAAACGAAUUUAAUCAUAUUCUCUGACCCGGUGAAUGACUAACUUCACACCGUGAUCGAGUUGGUAUUGAUGACAUGUAC